CCUAACCAUGAAGAAGUAAACAAAUUGAUAAGUGUGAUGAAAGUGACUAAAAACAUAUAUUUAUUGCAAAAAAUACCGGAAACAAAGUAAAAAUACCAUUCCGACAAUGCAACGCUACACGCUGGACUUGAGCGCACUCUUCUCGGACCACCGCGCGAAGACCUUUGUCCGUAGAAGAAACAAGUGGAACCGGGUCCGGUGCCUCCAGGACCACAUCCGAGCUACGUUCCAAAUCGAGCCGGAAUGCUACCUCACCAACGAGGCGGACGUCUUCUUCCCGGAAGCGGAAGAUCUGGACGUGAUCCAGGAGGGGGAUUUGAUAAGAGUUCGCGUUUCGAACAGUUGUGGCACUCAGCCGAAAAGCGCGCCAAAAAAGGUUUCCAUCGAUGAGGCACGUGCGCAAAACGGCAAGCGGAAGCACGCGUCGACGUCGAGUUCCGGGGACGAUUCCAGCUCCGAUUCCGACGAUGAGACUCUGCCGAAAAUAUUUGCCGGGGUUGAGAAAACUUGCAAAAAUAGAGAUGACGAGGCGAAACUGGAAGCUGAGCCGAAACGCAAACGCGUCCGGAAGCGAAAGUCCAAGAAGAAGGUCGAAGAAUCGCCACCACCGAAGGUGGUCGUCAAGACUUACGGCAAGACCAAGACGCCGCCGAUCGUGGUGGCGAACGGGGACUCGAGUGGGCACGUCCGCUUUGAAGAGUCCGACAAGGACGAGAACGAAGUUGCUUCGGUAAAGGUUGAACCUUACCGUAACUUGAAUCGAACCGUCACUCCACGAGUCGUGAAGGCGGUUCGCGUUGAAAACGGUCAGAGCUGGAACGAUGACAUUCCCGCCGUUCCAGAGUACGAUAACGGUUGCGUAGAGGAAGUCAAGCAGGUCGUCAACGGGGCAAAGUCUCGUUCUCGCAAACCGCCCAAGAAAUCCGUUGAAAUCAAGCAAGAAACCAUUCAAGCAGCCACCCAACCACAACGAGACCCUUCCCCUACCUGGGACACCGAAGUGUCCCAAGACCCCGGCAAAGAGUCCUUCAUCGCCAACUACAGCGGCACCGAGUUCUGGGCCAGCCUGCGAGCCUCCGUCGAGAACUUCCCCUCCAUCCCGUUUCCGAGCGCCAAUGACGUGAUUGCGUACAACGUUCGCGAUUCCGGCGAAUCUUAUCUGGCGUUUGUGGAACACGUAGACGAGGGUGACGCGUCCCGGCUCACGAUUCGCCGGCUGAACUGCAGCGAUGCCGCAAGCACCGAAUCGGCCACGUUGAAACAGCUGACGGAGAUUCGGCUCGUCGCGACCUAUCAGCCGGCGUAAUCGUGAAUCGUGAGCGUAAGCAGCUGGGUGAGGAUUAGGGAGAUAAUUGAUUGAUAUUUGUGUUGUGUAUAUUACGGUGUCUGCCAAUCUGGCGAGUAAAGAUGUUUCGAGGUGAUUGCCAGAAAGUA